CAUAAAAGAAGAAGAAGAAGAAAACCACCUAUUAAAUCAAGACUCUAUUUCCCCCUGACAAGCUCAGAUAACUGCACUUUGCCUCAGAGUUGGAAAGGAAAUCAAAAGGGAGUCUGUUCCUGGCGAAGAAGCAGUGUAUUGUUAGCCAGCUGGUCGAAUCUAAAAUGAUCGGUGGUGGCACUGUGGGUGUUGUGAUCAAGGCCUCUAUCGGAGCAGUUGGAGCCCUGGUCAUGGCACCGGCGGCUCUGUCUGCCAUAGGCUUCGGCUCAGCGGGCAUCGCGGCUGGCUCUACUGCCGCUGGCAUGAUGUCUGGUGCUGCAGUGGCCAACGGAGGUGGGGUGGCAGCUGGGAGUUUGGUGGCUGUUCUCCAGUCAGCUGGGGCAGCAGGCUUGUCUUUGGGAGCGAAGGCUGCAGUGGCAGUAGUUGGAGGUGCAGUGGGAAGUGCCUGGACAGUACUGAGUUCAUGGAGGGGACCGUGAUGAAGACUUGAGCGCCCAAACUGCAGUCCAACAUCUAAGGAACACAUGUGCUAUUGGAAACUGUGUAUUGUAUGACUGCAUUAAAUAAAAUAAACAUCUUUGUUUGAUCAAA